AUGCUGGCUUGCUGCUGCUUUGUUGUGUCCCAGCUGCUCAUCAUAAUAACACUCAUAUACCUUGUCAUUACCAAGAGCAAGGUGCGCUGUAGCACGUGCUCAUCGGCGACGGUGCCGCUUCCACUUCCGCCGGGGCCAUGGCCGUGGCCAGUGGUGGGUAGCCUGCCCGAGAUGGUGGUCAACAAGCCAGCGUUCCGUUGGAUCCAUCGCGUGAUGAAGGAUAUGGGCACCGACAUCGCCUGCUUCCGCCUCGGCGGCGUCCACGUCGUCUCGAUCACAUGUCCCAAGAUCGCAAGGGAGGUGCUCAAGAAGCAGGACAAAAACUUCUCGUCCCGCCCACUCACCUUCGCCUCCGGCGCCAUCAGCAGCGGGUACAAGGACGCCGUGCUCUCACCGUUCGGUGACCAGUGGAUGAAGAUGCGCAAGGUGCUCACCUCUGAGAUCAUCUGCCCCUCCCGUCACAAGUGGCUCCACGACAAGCGUGCCGACGAAGCUGACAACUUGACGCGCUACAUCUACAACCUCACCGCCCGGGGGUUGUCAUCUUCAACGUCGAGACUAGCCAAUGUCAACGUCAGGCACGUCGCGCGGCAUUACUGCGGCAACGUCAUCCGCCGGCUUGUCUUCGGCCAACGGUACUUCGGGGAGCCUCAGCCGGACGGCGGGCCGGGGCCGAUGGAGGUGGAGCACAUGGACGCUUCCUUCGCCCUCCUAGGGUUCACCUUCGCGUUCUGCGUCAGCGACUACCUCCCGUGUCUACUUGGCCUAGAUCUCGACGGCCACGAGAAAAUUAUUAAGGAGGCCAACACAAAAGUGGAUAGACUGCACGACGUGGUCAUCGAAGACCGUUGGAGGCAGUGGAACAACAGCGAGAGGCAGGACGGGGUCCAGGACUUCCUUGACGUUCUCAUCACGCUCGCCGACGGUGAUGGCAAGCCGUUGCUCAGCAUCGAUGAGGUCAAAGCACAGUCCAAGGGCAUAAUAUUAGCGGCCAUAGAUAACCCGUCAAACGCAGUGGAGUGGGCGCUGGCGGAGAUGGUGAACAACCCAGAAUUGCUGGCCAGGGCGGUGGAGGAGAUGGACCGGGUGGUCGGUCGCGAGCGACUGGUGCAAGAGUCGGACAUCAUGCAGCUCAACUAUCUCAAGGCAUGCAUACGUGAGGCAUUUCGGCUCCACCCAAUCGCUCCCUUCAACCUCCCACACGUCGCGAUUGCCGACACCAUUGUUGCGGGCUACCGCGUGCCCAAGGGUAGCAACGUCAUCCUCAGCCGGCUGGCCCUGGGCCGAAACCCCACCGUCUGGGAUGAACCACUCCGCUUCAAGCCGGAGCGCCAUAUGGGAGACAACAUCAAUGUGGUGCUUACUGAGAGCGAAUUGCGGUUCAUCUCCUUCAGCACCGGACGACGGGGAUGCAUCGCGGCAUCACUAGGAACAACCAUGAGUGUCAUGCUCUUUGGCAGGCUCCUGCAUGGCUUCACCUGGACCAAACCGGCUGGGGUGUCAGCCAUCAAUCUCAGCGAGUCCAAGCACGACCUCUUCAUAGAGAAGCCGCUAGUGCUACAUGCUGAGCCACGAGAAGAGAAGAAGACCAAGAAAGGGAGACCAUUUGUGUUGGCCCGUUGCUACAAUGUGUUGAAGGAUGAAGAGAAAUGGAAGCCCCGUGAUGACCAAGAGGAGAGCAAGAAAAGCAAGGAAACUAUUGAUUUGGAUGAUGAUGAGGGGAGGAGGAGGCAUCAAGUGAUGGCGGCAAGAGAAGCCCUACACCAAACUCGGUUGCCUACUCCAAACCAAAGAGACCAAAUGGAGGCAAGAAAGAUGAAGAAGAAGAAGAAUAAGAAUAAGAAGAAGAAGAAGAAGAAGAAGAAGAAGAAGAAGAGAGGAGGUGAUGAUUUAAAGAAUGCUAUGGAAGCUAUUGUGAAGGCACGAAAGGAAGCAAACGAGGUGAGGAUGAUGACAAGGAGCCAAGAUACAGAGGCCGAGGAGAGGAGGGUGGCUGUCGAGGAGAGGAGGGUGGCAUUGGAGGAGAAGAAAUUGGCCAUGAAGGAGCGAUCUAGAUUAUUGAAAUGGGAGAAGCACUUGUUCUUCAUGGACACAUCUAAACUCGAUGAUAGGCAAAAGGAGUACGUCAUUCUUUCCCCUGAAGAAGUCGUAGUACAAAAAAGAGACAUGGACAUGGAAGGCAUGGGAGCUACCAAUGGGAGGCAUGGGUGGCUUCGGAGCUACCAUGGGAGGCAUGGGAGCACCUACGGGAGGCAUGGGUGGCUUCGGAGCUACCAUGGGCGGCUGGGAGGCAUGGGUGGCUUCAAAGCUACCAUGGGAGGCAUGAGUUUUGGGUCUCUCAUGGGAGGCAUGGAAGCAACUCUGGGUGACAUAGGUGGACGCAUGUCUUCCUGUGUGCCUCACAUACCUUCUCAUUAUCCCGUUGGAGAUCUUACGAACACCAUCCGAGCUCCCGAUGAUGAUGCGGCGCUUGAAAAUGAAGAGGAGGAGGAAGAAUCGUUUUCGGAUGAGUAG